AUAAAAAACCAAAAAUUUAAAUAGGAGCCGUCCUGCCUUGACUGGGUAUUCAAAUUCCCAUCUUCCUGUGAAAGUUGUGGUGGGAGGCUGGGUCUCUGUUCUUCUUUGCGUUCUCCGGGAUGUCGAGGUCGCUUUCGUGAUGGGGUUGGAAUUUUCUAUUAUUUGCCGAGAUGGCUUCCUGGUUAGUUGACUGCAAAAGGAUCGCGACGAAGAUCAAGAGUGCAUCGAGUGACCCGCAGAAGGUUGCGUGGAGAAGCAAUCCCACCAGGACUUGCCCCAGUUGCAAUUAUGUUAUUGACAACAGUGAUGUUACUCAGGAUUGGCCUGGUCUACCACGUGGGGUGAAAUUUGAUCCAUCUGAUCAAGAGCUUCUUUGGCAUUUAUCAACAAAAGUUGGGGUCAGAAAUAUGGCACCACAUCCUUUCAUCAAUGAGUUUAUUCCAACUGUUCAAGAAGAAGAUGGCAUUUGUUAUACUCAUCCCGAGAAAUUGCCAGGUGUCACUAAAGAUGGAAGCAUAUCACAUUUUUUCCAUAGAACAAUGAAGGCCUAUAGUACAGGAACCAGGAAACGGCGAAAAAUACAAAAUGAACUUGAUCCAUACCUCGGAGAUGUACGCUGGCAUAAAACUGGUAAAACAAAGCCUGUAAUUGUAGACGGAGUACAGAAGGGCUGUAAAAAAAUAAUGGUUCUUUAUACGAGUACAGCAAAAGGUGGAAAAUCAGAGAAAACAAACUGGGUGAUGCACCAAUACCACCUUGGAACAGAGGAAGAAGAAAAGGAAGGGGAGUUUGUUGUCUCUAAAGUAUUUUAUCAGCAGCAAUCUAAGACUUUGGACAAGAAUGAGCAUGACGUGAUUGAUGAAUCAAGGCAACCUACAUAUAGGAAAGAGGAGCCAGCUGACCUUGCAGAUGUCUUUCCUAACUUGUCUUGUAGUAAGAUCACUAAUGAUGAUCUUUUGCAAGGGCAGGUAUCAGAUAGUAAAGAAUCCUUUCCACAGGUGAUUGAUCCUGAGACAACAAAUGCUGAGAAUGGGGAAAGUAGUCAACCUGACUUGGAGACACUUGAUCAUCAUAAUUUGAAAGAUGAUACUAUGGCUUAUGAAUCAAUUCAAUCCACAUCCUUGAAAGAAGAGCCAGUUGUUUCAUCAAAUUUCAUUGGUAUAUCAUGUGGUGCUGUAAAGAAAAGUUCCAGUGAUGAUCUUGUUCAAGAACAUGGAUCACAGGGUAAACAAACUUUUCCUCAGGUUGUGGUUUCCCAGACAGAGAAAGGUGAGGACUGUGCAAGUAGUCAACCUGAGUGGGAGAGACUUGAGGAUCAUAAUAAUAACUCAAUAGCAGAUCCUAAGUGGUGGGAGGGGGAGUCACAAUUUCUGCUUGAUUCACAGCAACUUGUGGAAGGGUUGUAUAUUUGCGAUGAGAUCCUACAAAGCCAGUCUUCCAGUGGCAGUGCUGCAAAAAAAAUUGUACCUUGUUUAGCAGAAUACUCUCGGAUAGGGGCUGAAAAUCUUAAGAAGGAUUUAGAGGAGUGCCAAAGCUUGAAUCGUCCAGACCUUGCAAAUAAUGACUUUGAUACCCCUACAGAUAUUCGUCUGAGCCAGCUUGAUAUACCACUGGAUUCACAAGAAAGCUCAUUGGGCUGGAAUGGAAACAGACUUGAUGAUUAAGGAUAUGAGAGAAGGUUUUGUGGUCCUUCAGUGCAAAGCUUACAAACAAAUGUUUCAGAGCCCUGCUUCACUGAAGGCGCACCUAAACUGCUUUUUGAGCUUUAUCUCUUCUAUUGUGUAUUUAUCUAGAACUCGUCAUUAGUUUUACUACCUAACUGACUUUUGGACAUGAUGGUUCUUCUCUCUGUAAGAAGGUUGCCAAUGGGAAGAUGGAAAUGGUGGUGCAUGGAUGGAGCACAUCACAUAAGGUGGUGCGGAUACCAGUCCUCUUCCAUGAAGUUAAACUAAAGGCACAGUUUUAAUCAUGCUAGCUGAAACUGUGCUUCUUGAAUAUAUGUAGAUGGCUUUAGUCCCAUACAGUGCAUUUGUAUGUUUUCUCUAUCCAUGUAAAAGAAUGCUACAUCUAUAUUAUCUAGCUCAGUUGAUAGGAUUUUUUUUGAGGCUUAGUCAUGUACACGCUACUGCUAUUAUGAUAAGGUCCAACUCUACUUUCCUCA